UGAUCACUUCAAUAUAUGUCAAGUGUGGAAAUUCACAUACACUUCACUAGUUUGGUUGAGUUUCAGAAUGAAGUCACGUAUGUGCAUGAACCGUGAGACAAGUAAUUAACUAUUAGUACUUGUUCUUGGCUUGUUUGAGAACAAUUUUGGUGUUAAAUUUGAUGAGGGAAGAAGCGUUGAGGCUCCAAACACAUAUCUUAAUUUUGUGUCCUUUGGAAGAUUAUUGUGGCUAUAUAUGGAAGAGGGAAGAAGCUUGGUGAGUGGGUAUGCACAAGAUGGAACUGUGGAUCUUAAAGGAAAACCUGUUCUCAAAUCUAAACGAGGUGGUUGGAGAGCUUGUUCCUUUCUUCUUGUGUAUGAGGUAUUCGAAAGAAUGACUUAUUAUGGAAUAUCAUCAAACUUGGUCCUGUAUCUGACAAAGAAGCUUCACCAAGGCACUGUCACUGCUUCAGACAAUGUCAACAAUUGGGUUGGCACUACUUAUAUAACUCCCAUAUUAGGUCCCUAUGUUGCUGAUGCUCACCUUGGCCGCUAUUGGACCUUUGUCAUUGCCUCUGUUAUCUAUCUAUUGGGUAUGUGUCUGCUUACCCUAUCUGUUUCCCUUCCAAGCCUAAGGCCACCAGAGUGCCAUGAAAUGGAUGUGACAAAAUGCAAGAAGGCCACCACACUACAGUUAUCUGUGUUCUAUGGUGCACUCUACAUCUUAUCAGUGGGGGGUGGUGGAACCAAGCCCAACAUUUCCACCAUUGGUGCUGACCAAUUUGAUGAUUUUGACCCCAAAGAGAAGGCACAUAAGCUCUCAUUCUUCAACUGGUGGUUUUCCAGCAUCUUCAUUGGGACCCUUUUUGCAUUCACAGUUCUAGUGUAUAUACAAGACAAUGUGGGCUGGGCUCUUGGCUAUGGUAUUCCAACUAUUGGGCUUGCAAUAGCACUUAUUGCAUUCCUGGCAGGCACACCCCUCUAUAGACAUAGGUUGGCCUCAGGGAGUUCAUUUACUCGAAUUGCCAAGGUUAUAGCGGCUGCUUUGAGGAAAAGAAAUGAAAUUGUUCCUGUUAGUCCCACAGAACUACACGAGCUUGAUGUUGAAGAGUACACAAAGAAAGGAAAAUUCAGGAUUAAUUCCACUCCAUCAUUGAGCUUCCUCAACAAGGCCUGUGUCAAAACUAGUUCAAGUACUAGUAGUGAAUGGAUGCUAUGCACAGUUACUCAAGUAGAGGAAACCAAGCAAAUCCUCAGAAUGAUCCCCAUCUGGGCUUCAACAUUCAUUCCUAGCACAAUGCUUGCUCAGACAAAUACCCUUUUUGUAAAGCAAGGAGUUACUCUUGACAGACACAUUGGAAGAUUCAACAUUCCCCCAGCAAGUUUGAUUGCAUUUACAUCUUUCACCAUGCUAGUCUGUGUUGUACUCUAUGACCGUGUCUUUGUCAAGAUCAUGAAGAGAUUCACCAAGAACCCCAGAGGGAUCACACUCCUUCAAAGAAUGGGAACAGGAAUCAUGAUCCACAUAGUGACCAUGAUAGUGGCAUCUUUGACUGAAAGACAUAGACUUAAAGUGGCCAAAGAACAUGGGGUGGUUGAAAUUGGAGGACAAGUUCCUUUGAGCAUACUCAUUUUGGCUCCUCAAUUCAUACUCAUGGGAUUGGGUGAAGCCUUCGUAGAGGUUUCCAAAAUUGAAUUUUUCUAUGACCAAGCCCCAGAAAGCAUGAAGAGCCUUGGAACUUCGUUUUCCAUUACUACAGUGGGAAUUGGGAGUUACAUCAGCACUUUUCUUCUCUCCACAGUUUCACACAUCACUAUGAAACAUGGCCACAAAGGGUGGAUUUUGAACAACCUCAAUGCUUCUCAUCUUGAUUAUUACUAUGGAUUUUUUGUUGUGCUAAACUUUCUGAAUUUCAUCCUCUUCUUGGUUGCUACUAAGUACUUCGUGUAUAGAGCUGAAAUUUCAGAUUCCAUAGAUGUACUUGCUCAAGAACUGAAGGAGAAGAGAGCCAAUGUGUCAAACCAAACGGUUCCGAGUGAUUAGUUGAUUAGAAAUUCGAAAGAGGAAGAGGAUAUAGUAACAGCUCUGAGUGUCAGAAUUGAUAUAGAACUUGGGAAUGAUUUGGUAAUUAUAGGCUCAUUAAGGUGUUUACUGUAUGAUCAUUUUGCGUUUCCCAAUUCAUAAUUGGAUAGAUGUGACAUUGUAUAUUUACAGAAAACAAAAUUGGAAAAAGA